AUGCCGCCAUCCGAAAUUUUCCUUACGAAAUGGUUCGUUUUGCAAUCCGUAGAAAUCGACGAGAUCAGCGAAUUGAAGGCUCAGUUGUCCGAGAAAUUCGGCGAAAUUGAAAUUGCCCGCGAGGACAUCAACAAACUGAAGGAACAGAAGGAGAAAUUGGCAAAGGUAGCUGCUGAAGGAAGUUCCAAGUCUCCGACGAAGCCAACUAGUAGUGGGUCUGGCGAACCUACCGAGAAUGGCACUGAGAAAGCUGCAAAAGAUAUAAGCCACCUGAUUCGACGAAAAGAAAAGAGGCCAGACGUUGCGUCAGCAAAUGAGGGCCCUGACCCGAAAAAGCGGAGAACUGACGAUGCUGCGGAAUCAGUUCCGGAAAGUUCAUAGGGUUUUUUUCUGUAUUUUUUCUUUUUUGAGAAUUUACGACAAACUUGCGAUUGUGCCGGCUGGUUGGUCUGAUUCGGAGAAACGUUCCUUUCUGUCGUGCAAAACGGAAAAGUUGUUUAAUUGAAAAAUUUUGCUGGUCCCUGUAGAAGCGAUAAAUGGCCGUUUUUUUUUUUGUCGGGGAAUUUCGGUCAUCGCAUCUCUGAAUUCCAAAAAAUUGUCCCGUGAAGUAAGAGUUUUCAAUUCAUGUCUGAUUUUUGUGUGUACCGUUUUCUACUGAAUUUCUGAGGUAAAAUUUGAAAAAAAAAGUGCUGCCACCGUAUUCUUGUGUCAAUCAACUUUUUGUUCGUUUUUUGAAACUUCGAUCUCGUCGAACAGUGCAAACUUCUGUGACUUGA